AAGAAAAAAGAUGGCGGUGUCAAAAACUGAAUAAAAAAUUGUCAAAAUGUCAACACAACCCUCUCGUGUAAAAGUGUGGUGCGACGGCUGCUACGACCUGGUGCACUUCGGCCACGCCAAUUCGCUGCGCCAGGCCAAACUCCUGGGGGACCACCUCGUGGUAGGCGUCCACAGCGAUGCGGACAUCACCCGCCACAAGGGUCCCCCAGUUUACACCUUCGACGAGCGUUGUAAACUCAUUUCGGCCAUUCGUUGGGUGGACCAGGUGGUGGAGGGCUCGCCCUACGUCACCUCUCUGAAGACGCUCGAUCAGUACGAGUGUGAUUUUUGCUGUCACGGUGACGAUAUCACGCUCACGGCCGAUGGAAGCGACACGUACAAGGAAAUUAAAUUGGAGGGCCGGUACAGAGAGGUUCAACGCACUCCGGGGAUUUCCACCACGGGGCUAGUGGCCCGUAUUUUGGGGAAGGCGUCCAGGUCUCCAUGGACCGGGUCGAGCUUCCAGCUCAGCACGCGAAAAAUCGUGGAAUUCUCUGGAGGUGAAGCGAGGAAAGUUGGCGAUAAAGUGGUUUAUGUGUGCGGUGGGUUUGAUUUGUUCCACGUGGGGCAUGUGCAGUUUUUGGAGAAGGUGGCCGAGUUGGGGGAUUAUGUCAUCGUGGGGUUGUAUUCUGAUGAGGUUGUGAGGGGGUACAAGGGGGCGGAUUACCCCGUUAUGAGGAUGCAUGAGAGGUUAUUGGGCGUAUUGGCGUGUAAAUACGUCUCGGAAGUGGUGAUAGAUGCGCCGUUUCACGUUACGGAAGAUUUGGUAAAUAAUUUUCUAAUUGAUGUGGUGGUGAGUGGAAGUCUCGGCACUGGGGAGGAGGGGGUGGAGGACCCCUUCAAGUACCCCAAGCAAGUCGGUAUUUUCCUGCAAGUUAAUUCCGAGAGCGAUGUCACCACCGAAACUAUAAUCGAGAGGAUCCGAAGAAAUAAAUUCCAAUACGAGGAGCGGAACGAGAGGAAGGAGCAGAAAGAAAUCGAUUUGAUUAACGACAAACACUCGUGAAUUUUACAUUUUUACGAAUUUUAUUUAUAGCUAACUAGUUUAUACAUUUUACAUUUGUGUUUUAACUCUUCAAUAUAAAUUUUAACGAA